AUGUACGUAUAAACAACAGAAUUGUUGUUUUUCUUAAAUCUGAAUCUUUUUCUGCUAUAAAUACGGAUGUAUUUGACUCAAUUCCGUCGAUUAAUUUGCUUUUGUAGCGAGCUGAUUGAUUAUUGCAUAUUUUACUAUAAUACUUCGACCCCUGUUCUUGUUACAUGCAAAGACCUCAGCGGCGUUUUUUUUUCUUUCUUCUCUCCUCGUCUUCUUAUUUCUAACUUUUUCGAACUUUCUACAUAAACACCACAGAGGAAAGAGCUUUUUUUUCUUCGUCAAACGAGUGUCUUAUGUUAGAUAUCCAUAUUCCAUAUAUUACUGGUUUUAUUUUAUGUUGUAUUUUUCUUCCGAACGUCGACCCACGUCAAGCCUGAGAGAGAUGGAGAGCGAGACAGGCACCCAGACCAGCUCUCCCUCAGUCAGUCCAACACCUCCGGAUCUGACCAGUGCUCUCGACCACUCUUCCCACCUUGGCACAGUCAUCCCGAACCGCAUCUUUGUAGGAGGGAUUGAUCUCAAAACUAACGAGAAUGAUCUCAGGCGUUUUUUCUCCCACUAUGGGACAGUUAAGGAAGUGAAGAUUGUUAUUGAUCGUGCUGGAGUGUCAAAGGGGUACGGCUUUGUCACCUUUGAGACUCCAGAGGACGCACAGAAAAUUCUGCAUGAUGCCAGUGCUGGUAGGUUGUAUUUUCAAGAUAAGAGGCUAAACGUCGGACAGGCCAUUCGCAAGCAGCAAGUAGCCGUGCACUGCGAUUACACCAUGGCAAGUCCCAGCCCUCCUCUGGCUCUCCCAGUACCACUUGGCACCAUGUACCUGACCACGCCUACUGGAUAUCCCUACACCUACCACAACGGAGUGGCCUACUUCCACAACCCAGAGCUAAAUACACACCCAUCACACUGGCCUGCUUCCCACAAGGUACCCGGAUCUCCGGUCAUGGUGGCUCACUCUGCUCCUCCUUGUUAUACUCCACAAGCCUGCCCCCAACACCAGGGUCCUUCUCAGUGCGUAAACGGACACGUCCCAUGGGCUUUUCCUCAGGUAGAGUCCUCUGUCCCUUCAAACCCAAGUCCUUUGCAAUAUGUCCAGCCUGCUGAGUUCAUGUAUCACCCAGUGGAGCCGAUUGAAAAUGGGUGUUUUCAGUCAGCCGUGAUGGAAGGUGGUGUUCCUGAGGCAUAUAUGCAUCACAUGGUGCAGCCACCAUAUCAGAUUUGUUUGCAGAGCCCACUGAUUCUGCCUCAGGCUGACAGAGUGAAGGAGCCAAAGUUCCAGCCAGUGAGACGAGGUUUCUCUCACACUGCCGUCCACCUGAGACCCAGGUACAGCCGCGGCCCUCAUUACGCUCACCCGCGUAAAGACUACCGGCUUGAUCUUCACACCACGCCUCCUGCGGCAUCCUCACCUGCACAGGAUGUGCUGAAAUAGAAGGGAAUGGUCUGCUUCUUCACGUCACAGAUUGAUACACACCAGUUAAGCCAGCUUACUGUAACACCAACACACUCGACCAGACGUAAACGCCAGCCAUCGUCAGAACUAAACCUAACCUAGCCGCAUAAAAAGGAAGCCAAGAACAAACAAAACUGAAAUACACUUAUAGUAAGCUUUAAACUAAACCUGAAUACUGAAAAGCCUUAAAACAGAAAGAAAAUCGACCAAGCCAACAAACAUUAUCUUACCUAUACAAAGCAAGCCUACACAAAACCUACUCCUAUGUCUGAAGGACUUCAAACAAGUUGUAUAUUAAAAACACAAAUAAUUUUGAUUAUACCAACCUAUCACCACAUCUAAAACUAAACGUCGUGUUUAUAGUCUAAACAAAUAGACUAUAAUCUCAGCUCUCAUUAGGACAUAACUGGAGUGAACUAAACUUUACAUAACAAAGUGAACAAGCGCAAGUGGAAAUAACCCUAAACGUAUUUCCAUCGUGAUAUCUUUGAUAAGUGAGCAUCCGAUUAUUGCUCCAGAGUCUUUUUGUUCCCGUCUUUACCUCUUGCAAGAAAGUGAAAAGUUUAUCAUUUUAAAGGAGGCUUGUUUGGAAGUAUGUUGAUAUAUCCAAAGAUAUGUGGAUAUAAAUCCAGAUGACAGUCAGUGUUUUUGUAUCCAAGAUUUGUAAUUGUACUGUACAUUCUGAUUAUCAUGGCGAUGAUGAAUCUUCACUCUGGCAUAACAGUCAAGAAUUUAGAAAAUGCCCAGAAAACAAAGAUUUAAAAAAAAAAAAAAAAAAAAAAGGUUUCGAUAUGCCGCACCAUUCAUUCAAGAUUUAGUUACCAUGGAUACGAUCAUAUUGUCAGCUCAGUCAGCUGCAAGUUCUUAAGGAUCAUUUUAAUGCCCUAAAACAACAAACAUGAAGCCAAAUACAAAUCAUCUGGACGGCACGGUAUCACUACAUGCCUUACGUUAAAUCUAUUGGACAUUUAAUACAUGCCUUUAUACUUUUAUAACCAAAAGAAUGACGUCCAUACGCUCACUAUGUACUACAGUUUUUAUCAACUCUCUCAACACAAAGAUACACAGCUCUCAUUCACGUGCAGUAUAACACUGUCAUGGUGCUCCUAUGAUCAGCUUAUUCAACCAGCCACAAUUAUUUAUUUAUUUAAACAUAUCUAUAUCAGUAUAUCUGUAGUAUGUCUGUGUUCACUCAUAGUUUUAUGAGAAGCUCACUCAUUUUCCCCCACAACCUGAUUCUUCUCCACACAAGUGUUUAUUUGGCUUGAAGUUGUGUUUCUGUAUAUAGUUAUAAUAUAUGUGUGUGUGUGUGUGUGUGUAUAUAUAUAUAUACACACAUUUCUUUUAUUGUUUGUUUACUACCACUCGGACACAUGCUGUUUGGUUCAUUUAGCUUAGUGUGUACAUGUCACUCUAAGAGCGUUUUAUGACACUCACGUUUUUAUUUUCUGUUGUCUGCACAAUCUGUGCACCUGGGAAAGUGUCAUAUUUAUUAUUUUGUUAUUGUGGUUUUGUACACACACAGUGAUGUGUUGUUCUUGAAGCCAGAAAAACUAGCAAUCCUCUAUUAAAAGGGGGAUUUAUGCUUGUCAUGUACACUGUUUUUGUUGUUAGCAGUUGUUAUUACAUUUAGGGAACAGUUUGAACAGCGUUUGAUGUGUGGUUUAAUGUCUUUAUAACGAGACAUAAAUGUUUCUUGCAAAAAAAAUGUAAAUAAUUUAUAUAUAUAUAUGGAUAUAUACACCACUAUAUAUAUAUAUAUACUUAUAUAUAUAUAUAUAUAUAUAUAUAUAUAUAUAUAUAUAUAUAUAUAUAUAUAUAUAUAUACAUAUACAUACAUGCCGUUAAACUGUUUUUGAAAACUGCAUUGUUGAAGUCAAUAAAAUCAAACUGUGAUUAAGAAGUGUCUCACAAAUAUCUUAAACAUACAGUGCCUCUGUACACUUGUUUAUUAGUUAUAUAUUCACAUACUAAUGUAAAUGAUAGUUUUAUAGAAAAAAAAAAAUGGCGGGAUGGUCUUAGCUGUGAAUGUUUUAAACUUUAGUACAUUAGCAAUAACUUAGGCAGGAGUAAAGAAAACACAAGCAAAGAAAAGCAAGAAGUCAGUUAAAAACUUUGCCCCGUGAUUAUUUAGAUCAUUUAGAUUCAUGGUUACCCUGCUAAAUGUUUAUUUACUUUUAACCAUAUGACACUAAAAUGCCCUGGUAGUGUUGCUGUAACUCGACCAAUGGCAUAGCCGAGUGUGUGUGUGUGUGUGUGUGUGUGUGUGUGUGUAUGUGUAUCAGCCAGCUGAUUUCUGUGAUGCUCCUGUAAGAAGAGUUUGGCCUUUAUAAGGUCUCAUUUGAGAUGAACACAAUGAUGCAAAACAAUGUGUUACAGAUGAGGCUGUGCAUUUAUAUGGGUGAGG